CAACACAGUUGUUUAAUCAUGGCGACUUCAAACUUGUUUCAAAAGUCGUCAAAACAAUCCUCUCAACUUACUGCCUUGAAGAGAAAGACUGAACAAUUUAAAAAAGGAGAACUUUUACGUGAAAUACAGAAAUUAAAUGUUCAAAUUCAAGCUUUGGAGAGAGAAAAGUUUACUCAUAUUUACAGUAAACGUUCUGAGUUUAGGCAGGACUUUACACCUUUGGAAGAUGAGGAGUUGAAAAUGACAGAUGAAAGGCAAACAGAGAAAAUCAAAACAAAACAGCAACUGGAAAAAAUUAGCCAGAUGGUCAAAAAAUUUCACAGGGAGCUUCGAGAUGUAAAGCCAACUCCAGAAUUUGUAGAAAAGUUAAAAAUGAUAAUGGAGGAAAUUGAAGGAACAAUUAGCACAUUUAAAGAGCAACAAAAAGUGAAGUAUGAUGAACUGAUGCGUUUUGAGCGUACAUUUUUACAAGAGUUAGAGCAGUUGGAAUCUAAAUUUGAAAGUUGGAAUCAAGCUUCAGAAUCAGAAAUAAAAAUCUCAUCAGCUCCUUCUGCUCGCUCUCUAGCCAGUGACAUGGAUGUCACUAAAAACUUACCACCCGAAGUAGCAGCUUUUGAUAAAUUUGUGGCACAAAGUGGAGGACACAGGGGAGGCUGGGAUGAACAUGACCACCAAACUUUUGUACGCUAUAGAAAUAUGUAUAAGGGCCGAAUAGUUUUCUUGGAUCAUGUGAAGCCUUUGUUACCCGUAAGGACAGAAUCUGAGAUCAGAGAACAUGAAACUUGGUAUCAGGAGUACUUAUUUUUAAAAGAUAAUAAAAAAUAUGCCAUUAAAAAGUGGAGAGAAAAAAAAGAGGAGGAAAGAGAAGAUGCUGUCACACAGGUGGAAGAGGAGUUGGUCAAAGCUAAAGAAGAGGAGAGAAAACGAGGACAACAAACAGAAUCAGCUGAGGAGAAAAUUGAGCGUUGCAAGCAGCUUAAUGCAUGGCGGGUUCAAAAAGAAUUAGAAAAAGCAAUGAAAGAAGAAAGAACUAUCAAGCAAGAAGUGGAAAAGAAAAAAAAGCAGGAAGAGGAAAGAAAAAAACAAAUAGAGGCAAAGAAAAUGGUAGAGGAGUUUCGUCAUCAAAAACAAAUGGAGGAAGAAAUGCUAAAAAUGCUUGACGAGGAAAGAAAACAGCAAGAAAUGGAAAGGAAGAAAGAAUUGAUUAGUAAAGAAAUCAGUAGAUUUAGAUCAAGAGAUAAUCAACGCCUAGCCGAGAAACAAGAAAAAGAGAAAGAAAAAGAAGAGAAGAAAAAAGAGAAGCAACGAAAACUAGAGGCCCUAAGAAGUCAAGUUGCAGUGGAAGUGCCAAGGGAUCCAGAGCGAUUAUUACAACCUACUGCUGGUUGGAAAGAGAGGUUAAAAUCCCCUAAUCCUUUCGCAAAUACUCCAGUUAUAAAUAUGCCCCACCGUGCCAUUCCAUCCUGGCGACAAGGAAUGUUUUGAGCAAAUACUUAACACAAUGUAUCUGAAAGGCUGGUUUGUCUCUUUAUACAUUCUUAAAGCAACAGAGGUUAGUUUCUGUUUCAAAUGUUCACUGCUGCACAAACAAACAAGCCAACAGAAACCUAAUGUUGGGGGAAAUUUCAUUUAUUAUGAAUUUUCAUUAGUCUAAAAUUUAAUAAACCUUAACAUUAAUAUCCAUAUGUUUUGUCUUCGUGGAAAUGGUUUUGUUUCAUUUUGUUUGAUUUUCACAUGUGUCCAACCAACAUGUAUUAAUUGAAUGAAGUAAGUACACAUGAACAUGAUAUGAAACAAAUAAUAAACAUAACAUAAAAUACACA